AUGCCGCCCGCGACGGCGGCCCCCUCGGUCUCCCUCCGGGAGCUGGCCGACCUCGCCAUCGGCACCCCGGAGGUGGGCGCCGUCAACUUCCCGGCCCUGCACACGCUCAUCGUGGCCACGCUCAAGAAUCUCAACCUGCAGGAUACUCGGAUCGACUUCCCGUCCCCGAUGCUCGAGCAGAGUCGCUUGUCCGACUCCCCGCGGGUCUCAAGCAGCAGGGCGCAGCCGCAGGCGCUGGAGAGCCAGGUGAAGGACCUGGGCGGGCAGGUCCAGGACCUUAGCCUGCAGCUCAAGACCAUGGGGAGCCAGGUGCAGGCCAUCGUGGCGCACGUGCAGCACUUCCCUUCCCAGGCCGGCGGGCUGGACGCCCGGGACUGGCUGGAAGUGAAGGAUCUAACCUUGCUUACGCAAGGGAAGGCGCAAGUAGGGUCGACGGAAGGGCUGCUUUGAUCCUCAAUCUCUGAACUCUUCUUCCAGAAACUCCUCCAACGGGUUGACGAACUGGAGAAGCUAAUUAGAGAAAGGGACGAAUUCCUGGAAAUAAUGAGCUGGAAGCUCAAUGAGAUGCCUGGUGCAGAAGAAGCCACCAUGGUCACCUGGGAAGAGCUGGAGCAGGCGAUUACUGACGGCUGGAAGGCCUCACAAAUGGUCUCAGAGUCAUCAGUAGGGCUUCCUAGGCACAAAGGGCAGGGUUCCAUAACAUCGAAUGGUAAAAUUCCAAGUGGAGCCUCCACCAAGCAUCCAAGUAUUGACGAGGCUAUAGAGUCUGCCAAUGGUUUUAGCACAGAUAAGACCUUCUCGGGAACCAGUGGCAUAGGAUGCUCCUCUGAAGGGGUUACUGGCAGGGAACGAAGCAAAGGUGCGUCUGCUACUGGGUUUCCUGGUAGAGAACAGCACUCAAGGGCCCGUGAAGAAGCUGGCCUAACCAAACCCCGUCCCCAGUUGAGAGCAGCGUCAGAUCGUCGCCCGGCUAGAGAGCAGCACGGCUUAGCACAUCUACGCAGAGAUGAACGAGAUGCACACCUUGGCCCAGUUUAUCAGGACGUAUCCUCUGCCACCUUGCCUAGAGAUCUGCAUGGUCAUGUGUCCCCAGAUCAGCAUGGGGGAGUGCACAUUAGCCAGGGUCAAGUCUAUGCACGGCCAGAUCAACAUGGAUUAGGACCGCUUGGCAUGGAUCAGCCUGCAUCGCUACAACCUAGCACUUAUGUACAUGGUGUGGCACCCCUCACUGCAGGUCAGCUUGGAGUGAUGCCACCUGGAAUGGAUGAGCAGGAAUUGGUACUAGCUGGCAUGGCUCAGAGUGAUGCAGUGCCACCAUUGGUAUCUGGCAGAGAUCAGCAAGGAUUGGGACUACCUAGUACAGACCAGCCUGGUAUGGUUCCACUUAGCACGUAUCAGCAUGGUGUGAUACUUCCUGGCAUAGACCAACAUGGUAUAAAACAGGCUGGCAUGGACGAGAGUGGUAUGGGACCACUUGGCUCUGAUCAGCAUGGAUUGGUACCUCUUGGUGUAGAUCAGCAUGGAUUUGUAAUAUUUCGCAUGGAUCAGCAGGGCUUGCUGUCACCUGGUUUGUUGCAAGUUGCUGCAGAUCAGCAAGGUUUUGUACAGCCCAGUUUGGGAAUAUCUGGCUUCAUACAGCCUGGCACAGAGCAGCACGAUAUGAUCCAGCCCAGUGCGGCUCGGCCUGCUUUGGUCCAACCCAGUAGAGCUCAGCCUGCUUUGGUGCAGCCUGGAGCUGCAGGUCAGCCUGGUUUGGUGCAGCCUGGUGCAGGUCAGCCUGGUUUGGUGCAGCCUGGUGCAGCUCAGCUUGGUUUGGUGCAGCCUGGUGCUGCAGCUCAGCCUGGUUUGGUGCAACCUGGUGCAGGUCAGCCUGGUUUGGUGCAGCCUGGUGCAGCUCAGCCUGGUUUGGUGCAGCCUGGUGCAGGUCAGCCUGGUUUGGUGCAGCCCGGUGCAGGUCAGCCUGGUUUGGUGCAGCCUGGUGCAGCUCAGCUUGGUUUGGUGCAGCCUGGUGCUGCAGCUCAGCCUGGUUUGGUGCAACCUGGUGCAGGUCAGCCUGGUUUGGUGCAGCCUGGUGCAGCUCAGCCUGGUUUGGUGCAGCCUGGUGCAGGUCAGCCUGGUUUGGUGCAGCCCGGUGCUGCAGCUCAGCCUGGUUUGGUGCAGCCUGGAGCUGCAGGUCAGCCUGGUUUGGUGCAGCCUGGUGCAGCUCAGCCUGGUUUGGUGCAGCCUGGCGCUGCAGGUCAGCCUGGUUUGGUGCAACCUGGUGCAGCUCAGCCUGGUUUGGUGCAACCUGGUGCAGCUCAGCCUGGUUUGGUGCAACCCGGUGCUGCAGCUCAGCCUGGUUUGGUGCAGCCUGGUGCAGCUCAGCCUGGUUUGGUGCAGCCUGGCGCUGCAGGUCAGCCUGGUUUGGUGCAACCUGGUGCAGGUCAGCCUGGUUUGGUGCAGCCUGGCGCUGCAGUUCAGCCUGGUUUGGUGCAACCCGGUGCUGGUCAGCCUGCCUCGGUCCAACCCGGUGCUGGUCACCCUGGUUUGGUCCAGCCUGGAAUGUAUCAGCGAGGUUUGGUCCCGCCUGGUGCAGGUCAGCCUGGUUUGGUGCAGCCUGGUACAGGUCUACCUGGCUUUUUUCAACCUGGUGUAUCUAUGCCUGGCUUGGUUCCACCUGGUACAUAUCCACCUGGUCUGGUACAGCCUGGUAGCUAUCCACGUGGUUUGGUCCAAUCUGGUGCCUAUCCACGUGGUUUCAUGCAACCUCGUGCCGAUCAGCGUGGUUUGGUUCAACCUGUAAUAGAUCAGCAUUGGUUGAGGCAGUCUGGUACAGAUCGAGGCUUGAUACCACCAGGCACAGAGCUUCAUGGCUUUCCAACAUACCAUGUAGAUCCUCGAAGUUUUAUGUCAUCACGCCCAUACCAGCAUGGUGUGGCACCUCCUGGCAGAGAUCAAUAUGGUCGGGUGUCACCACUCGUAGCCAGUCAAGGUUUGGCAUCACCAGGUAUAGACCGAGAAGGUUUGGUACCACGAGAGACUAAUCAACAAAGUUUGAUGCGUCCUGGCCCAGACCAGCAUGGCCCAAAACCAUUACGCACGGGUGUGGGAUCUGCACGCCAGGAUCAACAGCAUUUGGAAACACCUGAACCAAAGCAGCAUGACCGGGCACAUUCUGUCCCAGACUCCCAUGGCCCGGGGUACCAAGGUGUAGAUCAGUAUGUCGAGGUAGGCUUGGAUCCAAAUGAAAUACGUGACUCAAUCCGACCUGGAGUUUCUGUUCAGACUUCCGCAAGCCAAGCUGCCCCCUUUCUCAGGAGCACGCACUCCCUUGACUGUUUAUACCGAGGCUCAUCAGGAAGGAGUGAUGUUCACAUUGAGAAACGUGAUUCACCGGAGAAAUUGGCUCCUAGCUUCCCCACGGCAGUGGAAACAUUUCGUCUGACGGGAGAGCUUAUCAGCCUCUACGUGGAGCUUAAGGAGAACAUAAAGGAUCUAGAUGAUGAACAAGCUGGCCAAACAGACUUGGAGAAGAUCCAGUACCUGCUGGCACGGAUGGUCAAGAAGUCCAUACCGGCCGACCUGCAGGAACAGCUGAAGACCUUAAAGGCCUUGACCAAAGAAGUUCAGCAGGAAAAAGCAAAACUGGAGAAGAUGAACAGGAUCCUGGAGGGGGAGGGAGAGCAAGAGACAGGAAACGAGGUGAAAGCUGGCCAGCUGAGCCUGCAGCUGGGUAUCCUCAGGGUCACCGUGGCUGACAUCGAGAAGGAGCUGGCGGAGCUGAGGGAGAGUCAAGAACGGGGCAAGGUCAGCAUGGAACAUUCGGUCUCUGAAGCCUCCCUUUACCUGCAGGAUCAGUUAGACAAGCUCAGGACGAUCAUCGAGAACAUGCUGGCCUCGUCCUCCACGCUGCUGUCCAUGAGCAUGAACGUGGCCCCGCAGAAGCUCCUGACCACCCUGGCACCCGGCCAGAUCGACCCUGCGGCCACCUGCCCAGCCUGCAGCCUGGACCUGAGUCACCAGGUCAGCACGCUGGUGCAGCGCUACGAGCAGCUCCAGGACAUGGUCAGCAACCUGGCUGCCUCCCGGCCCUCCAAGAAGGCCAAGCUGCAGAGCCAGGAUGAAGAGCUACUGGGCCGCGUCCAGAGCGCCAUCCUGCAGGUACAGGGCGACUGUGAGAGACUCAGCAUCGCCACCGGCAGCCUCAUCGAGGACCAUCGGCAGGAGCAGAAGGACAUCGAAGUCUUGUACCAGGGUCUGGAGAAGCUGGAGAAGGAAAAGGCCAACAGGGAACACCUGGAGACGGAGAUCAAUGUGAAAGCCGACAAGAGUGCCCUGGCGGCCAAAGUGAGCCGUGUCCAGUUUGACACCACCAUGGAGCAGCUGCACCACAUGAUGCAGGAGCUGGUGGCCAAGAUGAGCGGGCAGGAGCAGGACUGGCAGAAGAUGCUGGACAAGCUCCUGGGAGAGAUGGACAGCAAGCUGGACCGCCUGGAGCUGGACCCAGUGAAGCAGUCCCUGGAGGAUCGUUGGAAAUCCUUGCGACUGCAGCUCAAAGAGCGUCCUCCACUCUACCAGGCGGACGAGGCAGCCGCCAUGCGGAGGCAGCUCCUGGCACAUUUCCACUGCCUCUCAUGUGACCGUCCCCUGGAGACGCCUGUGACUGGACAAAUCAUCCCCCUGACUCCUGUGGGCCCAGGCCUGCCCGGGCACCAGUCCCUCCGCCCCUACACGGUCUUUGAACUGGAGCAGGUCCGGCAGCAGAGCCGCAACCUGAAGCUGGGCAGCGCUGCCUUCCCCCGGGGCAACCUGGGGCAGACGGAGCCAAGCGUGGGGCACCUGCGCAGCAUGCACUCCAAGAUGCUGAUGGACAUUGAGAAGGUGCAGAUCCACUUCGGGGGCUCGGUCAAGGCCAGCAGCCAGAUGAUCCGCGAGCUGCUGCACUCCCGGCGCCUCAGCUGCCCCUGCUACAGACGGCUGCCAGAUGCGGCCGAUCACACCUACCCGAGGGCGCCCCGCCGCUGCGGGGGCAGCCACACCCUCACCUACCCCUACCGCCGCAACCGCCUGCAGCACCUGGCACAGGGCCCGUACCCCACCGAGGAGACCCGGAUCGCCAGCAAGCACGACGAGGUGGAUAUCCUGGGCCUGGACGGACACAUUUACAAGGGACGGAUGGAUACAAGGCUGCCGGACAUCCUGAACAAAGACAAUUCGGGGAUAAAGCACAAGGCCAAGCAGUCCCGGCCCCACGUGCACCGGCGGCAGUCACUCAGCGACAGUGGUCAGCUGCCCUCACGGCCCCAGAGCGCUCAGAUGCUGGCUGGCAAAAACUCAGGUCCCCUUCAACGGAAAGACAGACCCGUCUCCACCGAGGGGCGCCUCUCCCAGCCGAAUACAGCUCACCUGCCCAGUGAGAUGGCAAACCUGCCAGCGGGGCUGGAGAUGCACAUGGACGUGCCUCCUGGGGAGGGGCUCCAGGAGCCCACCCGGGGGCCGCGGCCCACCACUGCUCACUGAGCAGAGCUAUAAAUAAAUGUUUAGGAAAAAGCCUGGGGCCGGCCAUGCAGCUUCUCUGGUCCUGGCUCAGGAAGGUGGAGUGAGAGGGAGGGGCCGCUGCAGGUCGGGUGGCAGACCUCUUGCAGCCUGACCGUUAGGCCAUGGCCCCCAAACAGGUUGAGCUGUUCUCUGAGGGUGCCAGGGCUUCGAGAGGGCUGAGUGUUGGACCCAGGGCCAGGAAGAGGCAGCACAGGCCAGACCCCAGGCUCCAGGACUGGCGGGCCUGCAAGCGGUCUGCCCUCUCCUGACCCCGGCUGGACCCGGUGCCGUGGCCUUCUCUGGCACCGGCACUGCCUUCCAUCUGGGGACGCUGGCCAGGGCACUCUGGUGAGGUUGGGAUGCUUCAUGUCUGUGCUCGAGCUGUACCUUGUGUAUCUUGGAGCAAAGGUAAGGGUGGCAGCCCUCCUGCUGCUGGCAGGGAGGCUCCUGGCACAUCCUGGGCGCGAGCGGUGCCACCAGCACCUGGGAAGGUUCCUGUUUGCUGUCCUCUGUGGCUUACCCUUGAGUGGCUGCUGCAGACGCAGGAGGGGCGCAGACCCAGGGGCUGCCGGGGCUAGGUCGUGUCCCUGCUCCCCUCCCCUCCCCUCCCCUCCCCAGGAAGUUAGAGCAGACGUGUGCCUGGCAUUUGCCAGGGGGUCUUGAGGCCUGCCCUUGUCCUCCUCCAGUGUCACCCUAAACAGGCCAGAGGGCUCACUGCUGUCCCCCAAGUCAACUGUAAGGGACAAGCCCGUCCCCAAUCAAAGCCCCAGGGACCAGGGAGAGCUGCCCCGCACCCGGACGGAGGCCUCUGCAGUCAUGGAAGCAGUUUUCUGCCUUCAGAUCAGUUCUCAGCAGCUCCCUCCUCCGAGGUGGGGUUCCCUCCCCCGCACCUCCACCCCCAGUCCCCUCUGGGGGUGAGAGAUGACAGAGUCACACAGGAAAGUGUAGCAGGAAGUAACCGAGAAAAGGGUUUCUCCCUAGUCCCCCUGUGGGCACAGGAGGGUGGGGGGUUGGCUGGAGGUGCCACGGCUGGGGCAGGCGCUCCGUGCGGAAAGGGGCAUCCCCCAUCUCUCCCCAUCUGCUGAGAUCCUGUUCACUGUUGAGCCCUGGGGUCCCAGUCGGCACCGGCCACACCCCCGCACCCUUUUCUCUGCAAGGGGGCGGCAGGGCCAGGCCCAGGCCUCCUCUGCUGCUGCCCGAGAAACGUCAGGUCACUGGCUCAGUGUCCCUGGCCUAGAAUCCGAACUCACCAGCUUGGCAGGGAGGAGCGGCAGCCAGGCCUCCCCGAUGCCCCCGAAGGGAUGAGUGACAUUCCCCAAGCAGCCCAGGCCACCCCUGCCUCCCCGCACCUGGGCCCGCCUGCCCACCCUCACCCAGGCAGCCCAGCGCUGACCGCCCACGUGCCCACGAGGGGCCUUCCCCUUCCAGCCGGGGAAAGCACAGGUGGGCAGAGAGGGGUGCGGGUGGGAGGAGUCUCACAGGUUUCCAAGCAGGAAACAAAACUGAAACGACAAACCCAGCUUCAAAGUACAUGAUCACAUGCAGAGGGACCAAGGACAGCUGCAUCCCCGGUUCUGCCCCACUCCUGCAGGGGCUGCCCCGCAGGUGACCUUGUGAAGACACACGAGACCCCGGAGCAGCACGGGCUGGCUUGCCAGGUGGGGCCCUUCCCAAGUGUCACUGCACGUUGGGCCUGAACCUCCAGGCCCCGCGGUCCUGAUCCACAGCAGUGCCC